AUGGCAGAAGAAAAGAAACAAGAAACAACAGAUAGAAAGAUGAAGAGAAUUCUUCUCGUAAUUAACUGUUUAUUGUUAGCCUUAGGAAACUCCGGUGGUCCCCUCAUAAUGCGUCUCUACUUCAUCCACGGCGGCCACCGCGUCUGGCUCUCCUGUUUCCUCGAAACCGCCGGUUUCCCUAUAAUGAUCCUCCCCCUCACAAUCUCGUACAUCAAUCGCCGCCGUCUCCACCUAAGUCAGCCACCAUCAACCACCACCGAAUCCGCUGCAAAGCUAAAAAUAAUCUCCAUGAAUACUCCUCUUUUCUUCGCCGUAGCUUUCAUCGGAAUCCUCACCGGCCUCGACGACUAUCUCUACGCAUACGGCGUUGCUCGGCUUCCAAUUUCAACUUCUGCUUUAAUAAUCGCUUCUCAGCUUGGUUUCACGGCGGUUUUCGCUUUUCUGCUUGUGAAACAGAAAUUCACUGCUUUCUCUGUAAACGCCGUCGUUUUGCUUACAGUUGGAGCUGGCGUUUUGGCUAUGCAUACUUCUGGAGAUCGACCUGCCGGUGUUUCUACGAAGCAAUAUGUUAUCGGUUUUCUCACUACUCUUGCUGCUUCUGCAUUAUAUGGAUUUGUUUUGCCUUCAGUUGAAUUGAUUUAUAAAAAAACCAAACAAAACCUUACUUAUUCUCUUGUUAUGGAAAUUCAGUUUGUUAUGUGUUUAUUUGCUACUCUCUUCUGCACGGUCGGCAUGAUCGCAAAUAAUGACUUUAAGGUGAUUCCGAGGGAGGCAAGGAAUUUUGGAUUAGGGGAAAGAACAUACUAUGUGGUGUUGGUGAUGAGUGCAAUGUUAUGGCAAGCGUUUUUCUUGGGAGCAAUUGGAGUUAUUUUUUGUGGCUCAUCUUUGUUGUCGGGCAUUUUGAUUGCUGUUUUUUUGCCGGUGACUGAAGUGUUGGCGGUGAUUUUCUAUAAAGAAAGAUUUCAAGCUGAGAAAGGGGUUUCUCUCGUGCUUUCUCUUUGGGGGUUUGUGUCGUAUUUCUAUGGUGAGAUUAAACAAGAUAAAGAAAAGAAGAGGAAGCGUGCUAUGGAGACAGAGAUGGGUCAUAGUCUUGAAGUACUGCCUGCCCCGUGA